AUGUUUCAGAAAGCCAACCUAGGAACGUUAUUAGGAGUGUAUCUACCAUGUAUUCAGAAUAUAUUUGGUGUAUUGUUGUUUGUUAGAAUGACAUGGAUUGUUGGAAUGGCAGGAGCUCUAGAAUCUUUUUUUAUAGUCCUUAUUUGUUGUUUAACAACAUUAUUAACGUCCAUAUCUAUGAGUGCCAUAGCAACCAAUGGUGUAGUACCAGCAGGUGGAGCGUAUUUUAUGAUAUCAAGAGCUUUAGGUCCUGAAUUUGGUGGUGCUGUUGGAGUAUUAUUUUAUUUAGGAACUUCAGUAGCAUCCUCCAUGUAUAUUAUUGGUGCCAUAGAAAUUUUAGCGUUGUAUAUGGCGCCAAGUAUAGCGAUAUUUGAUGAUAUGUUUAAUAACUAUCGACUGUAUGGAACAGUUGUAUUAAUAUUAUUGUGUAUUGUUGUGUUUAUUGGAGUCAGUUUUGUCAGUAAAUUUGCUACCUUAUCAUUAUGCUGUGUUAUUAUCUCUAUCUUGUGUAUCUAUAUUGGAAUAUUUGCUGCCAGUGUGGAUAACAGUUUAGAGGUGUGUGUAUUAGGUGAUAGAUUAUUAACAUCUGAAUCUGUUAAAGUUAAUGGUACUAUAUGGUGUACUAAGAAUAAAACAGGUCCUAUCUUUAACCAUUAUUGUCAUGAAGAUAAUGGUACUACAAUCUGUGAUCAUUAUUUUGUCCAAGAAAGUAAUGAAGCUCGACUUGUUCGUGGUAUUCCUGGUCUGGCUAGUGGAGCUUUUAAACAAAAUUUCCACAACUAUUACACUGAAGCAGGUGACAUCAUAGGAUCUGAAAUUCCUGGAAGUAAUAGGAGAGGAGAGAUUAUUGCUGAUAUAACAACAUCUUUUAUGAUUUUACUGGCUAUUUACUUUCCCUCUUGUACUGGAAUAAUGGCAGGAUCUAAUAGGUCUGGUGAUUUAGCAGACGCCUCCAAGUCUAUACCAGUUGGUACUAUAUUAGCUAUUGUUACAACAUCUUUUGUCUAUAUAACAUGUGUAUUUUUCUUCGCUGCUUGUAUAGAAGGCCAUUUAUUACGUGACAAAUAUGGUGAAAGCAUUGACGGUGGAUUAACUAUUGGAUUUUUAGCUUGGCCUAAUGAAUGGGUUAUUAUGAUUGGUUCCUUUUUGUCAACAUUAGGUGCAGGACUACAAUCUCUUACUGGUGCUCCUAGGCUGCUUCAAGCUAUUGCCAAAGAUAAUGUGAUACCAUUUUUAAAUAUAUUUGGGGCUACAACUAAAAAGGGGGAACCAUUCCGUGCCUUAUUAUUAACAGCAGUUAUAUCUGAAAUAGGAAUAUUAAUUGCCAGUUUAGAUUAUGUAGCACCCAUCAUUACCAUGUUCUUUUUGAUGUGUUAUGGUUUUGUUAAUAUGGCCUGUGCUCUACAGACACUGUUAAGAACUCCUAAUUGGAGACCAAGAUUUAGAUUUUAUCAUUGGACAUUGUCUUUGAUAGGGUUAUCUCUUUGUAUAACUCUUAUGUUUAUAUCUAGUUGGUACUACGCCUUAGCUGCCAUUGCUCUUGCUUUUUGUAUCUAUAAAUACAUUGAAUAUAAAGGAGCUGAGAAAGAAUGGGGAGAUGGUAUAAGAGGAUUAGCCAUGUCAGCUGCUAGAUAUGCUUUAUUACGAUUACAAGAAGGUCCACCACAUACUAAAAACUGGAGACCCCAAUUGUUGGUAUUGAUGAAAGUUGAUGAGAAUUUACAACCAAAAUAUCCUAAAUUAGUUACAUUUGCUGGUCAGUUGAAAGCUGGUAAAGGUCUAACAAUAGUGUCCAGUGUCUUGGAAGGAAAUUAUAUAGAGAGAUAUGCUGAUUCACAGGCUGCUAAACUUAAUUUAGACAAGUUAUUGAAAGAAAGUGGUGUAAAGGGUUUUUCUGAUGUUAACGUGGCCACUAAGACAUCUGAUGGUUUAUGUUACUUAGUACAGAAUACUGGAUUAGGUGGAUUAAAACAUAAUACAGUAGUGAUGGGAUGGCCAUAUGGUUGGAGACAUACUGAUGAUGAAAGAAGUUAUAAGAUCUUCAUAGAUACAGUACGUAAUGUCAGUGCAGGACAGAUGGCGUUGCUAGUAUUAAAGGGAAUUAAUCAGUUUCCUGAAUCGAAUGUUAAAUUACGAGGUACAAUAGAUGUAUGGUGGAUUGUUCAUGAUGGUGGUCUAUUGAUGUUAUUACCAUUUUUACUACGACAAGAUAAAUCAUGGAAAAACUGUAAAUUGAGAAUAUUUACUGUAGCACAGGUUGAAGAUAAUUCUAUUGAAAUGAAGAAAGAUUUACAGAUGUAUUUAUAUCAACUACGUAUACAAGCUGAAGUUAAUGUUAUUGAAAUGGCUGGCAACGAUAUCUCAGCUUAUACAUAUGAACGAACACUCAUGAUGGAACAACGAACUGAAAUGUUACAACAAAUGAGAGUUAAGAAAACCGAGAUCACACUUGAUACAGUUCCUGAAGAAGAUACAGAGUCUUCUACUGAUCCCACCCUCCCUGAUAGAAACCAAUUUACAUUUACACCACAAAAUAUACAUAAAACCAAAUCCACUGGUCAAAUGGGAAAUAAUCUGUUUAAUGUUAAACCGGAUAAUAUGAAUGUACGCAGAAUGCAUACAGCUGUACGAUUAAAUGAAUCUAUAGUAGAAAAAUCUCACGAAGCCCAAAUGGUUAUUUUGAAUUUACCUGCUCCUCCUAAAACAUCCGCUGGUGAAGAAAGUUAUAUGGAAUUUUUAGAAGUUUUAACAGAAGGAUUGGAUAGAGUUCUGAUGGUGAGAGGAAGUGGACGUGAAGUCAUCACUAUUUAUUCCUGA